AUGACCGACAAAGCCCAAACCCCUUCGUUCCAGCCUUAUACCCUCACGCCUCUAGACCACUUGCUCCCUCCAUAUCAUGUAUUCGCUUAUAUGUCCUUUCGACCUGAACAGCCGUCUGAGGCGGUUGUCGCGAUAGAAUUGGGUUUGUCGGGCUUGAUAUCCCAAUGGCCCUUCUUGGCAGGCAAUGUUGCUCGAGUGCAGAAGGAGGAUAGAAGAAACAUCUCAGAGUUGCAGCCACCGACAGCAUCGGACCUCCACCAAUGCCCCAUGUUAAAUAUCAAACAUCAUCAACACACCAUUUCAGAUGCUUUGGCCUCACCAGUCAUCAAUUAUGAAAUGCUACACAUUCCGACAACAGUCUCGAAUUCCCAACCAAUACCUGCUGUGCGAUUUCAGGCCAAUGUCAUGCGAGACGGACUCAUCUUAUGCCUCGCGUGGCAUCACCAGGUAAUGGAUUCAGUAGGCGUCACCGUAAUUUUGCACGCUCUGUCUCGAUUUUGCUCUGGACCGGGUCGAAAGAGCGCCGCUCCCAGGCGUCUUCCGAUGAACCUCGAAAAAGAAGAGCAGACAAGGCGGAGGAUAAACAAAACUACCACCAACAGCAACCAUGACCUCGAGGAUGCAUAUCACAAGAUUCGCUACGAUUAUGGGCUGCAUGAAUACCAGUCCAAGUCAGUCAUCUGUCGCCGUUAUACUAUGCAUACAGACAGAGUCAAUUGUCUUAAAAAUUCGUGCAACAAUCUUGCCCACGAGUUUGGCAAGGGCCAUUCAAUGUCACAGGAAAAUUCACCAAUUGAUAGCCAGUACAAAAUUGACAACAUCUCAAGUGACGAUGUGGUGACUGCUCUAGUAUGGCUUUGUGUAUCCCGUGCUCGUCGUCGGGUUGCUUCCAAGCUUUCGUCAGACUUGCCGCGUGUAUCCUCUUUAUCCAGGUGUAUGGAGGUCCGCUCAAUAAUUCAGCCUCCCCUCCCAAGGAGCUACCUAGGAAAUAGCCUCGUGCUAGCAAAAACCCAGUGCGACUGGAAAGAUAUCCCUACUCCACAGGAAGCCACCCUCGUAACACGAAAGCGAAUGGACGAAGAAACAAUAAAUGCACUGCUCAAGCUAGCCUUGAUGUCUCGAGCCAAAUGCAAUUCUGUUCAUGACGAGCAGAUUCGCGGUCUCAUAGGCCGUGUGGAAGAGUGUGAUGGCGACUCGACAGUUUGUGGUGCCCCUGCUGGGGUCACGAUGUCCAGCCUUCGAAAAGCCAACAUCUUUGCCUCCGACUGGGGCACGAAACUGGGGCCCCUGCUGGACUUUGAUACCAUGGACUGUCGGAUUGAUGGGAUGAUUCUGAUUCUACCUGACAAGAAUCCUUCAAAGAGAGGUGAAAGCGCUUGGGAAGUCCGCGUGAAUCUGUCUGUAGAAGUCAUGGAAGAGUUCGGGAAAGAUGAGCUGCUGCUUUGGGUCACAGAAGCAGAAAAGCCAGGAGCCAGGCUAUAG